GUUCGUUCGCUCUCAUUUUUCACUGCUGUGUGCGCUGCGCGGAGUAGAAAGAGAGACAGAGAGAGAGAGAGAGCUUUUUUUGAGUGGCGUUGAAAAAUUUUCGGUAAAGGAAAACUAUAAUCGAGUCGCGAAGCGCUGAACGCUCUCCCCCCCUAUUUUUCACUACCACCCCCUUGUGAAAAGAAAGAAAAAUAAACUUUGAAAAAAAACAGUGAUAUUCUCGCCAAUCGCUCAAAAAGGGGAGUGUGAACUGCGUUUGUCACUCGGUUUAUUUCUUCGGGUUUUGCACUCGUCCGUCCGCCCAAAGUCCGUGGGUUUUCGCCAUCAUGAAAACAUUCGUUCGUCGUCGACGUCGUCGUUAUCUGACCAACAUUUCCGUCCUCGCUUAGGAAAAAACAAAAAAAAAAUUUGUUUAAUACGAAAAAAAAAAAACCUCAAAUCGCCAAGCAACGCUAACUCUAUACUGCUUUCUUGCUCCAGACACAGACAAGUCACGCUCAAGUCAAGGAGUUCGCCUUUCACGAUUGUUGCGCGUGCUGUUAUAAUAGACGAAAAACCACAAGUCAGUGUGUGUUGGAGAACAAAGUUUUUUUUUUAAUAUUUCUCAGUUUAAUUAAAUUUCGCGUGUUAUAUUUACUAGUCAAGAGGAGGGGGAAAAAAUAAAGUGAUUUGUGUGUGCGCGUUCGAGACGGAAAAAAAAAGAAACUCUCCUAUGGACUCUAUAUUGUCUUUCUCGUUAUUGAAAGAAUAAAGCGACAAUAACGUCGUAAUCGAGGAACAAAAAUCCCGAUCAUUAAAUGCCUGAGGGAUACUCUUACUCCAUGUUGUGCAUCGGUUGCAACACACAAACCUGCUGGAAAGUGAAGACGUGGUGACAGUCGUCAGUAACGGUGCAAUUGAGAAGAAGAUUGAGGAAGCGAAGAGUCACUCACUCGGUACUGAGCUGACUGUGAAUAAUCACUGUUUGUUAGGACAGUGAUCAAGACAACACGUAUACAUACAUAUAUAUAUAUAUAUUUACACUCAAAAAACGUCGAAAAAUAAAUCUUUAUAUAGAAAUAAUUUUCUCUUUUUUUUUUUAAUUGACGACGACGAUAAGAAUUAUAAUAAUAAUAAUAAUAAUAAUCCAUUGAGUGGAGAGGAAGAAAAGGAAAAAAAAAACAUUUUUUUUUUGUGUUGUGUAAUAGGAAAAAACAACAACAAAAAAGAAAAAAAAAUAAAAUAAAAGGAGAAAAGGAGAUUUAAUAUAGAAGAGAGUAAUGGAACGCGAGUCGAAUCCUAUGCAAGCUCUAUGCCGGAGCGGCUGCGGGUUCUAUGGUUCACCAGCUACUGACGGACUUUGUUCGUUAUGUUUCAAGGAAAAUUUAAAAAAGAAACAACAACCCCCCGUAUCAGCCACGUCUGUAUCAGCAUCGCAGACUGUAUCCAGUAACGCUGGCACGUUGCAAAGUGGCUUUGGUAAUCCCGCAUCGACAGGAACAACCGCACAGCCCACCAUUCCCACCAUACCCCAAACAACGACAGAUUUACCUGGUCCAAAAGAAAUAAGCAGAGACGAUCAGGAAGAUGAGGUCGCCAAUAGUAGUGGAGCUACUGAGGGUUCGGUUAGCAGUGGGGAUGUCGACGAUUGUUUCGACGGGAAAGAGACUGAUAAAGACUCCAAAAAGAAGAAAAACCGUUGCGCCGUUUGUCGCAAGAAAGUGGGUCUGACAGGAUUCGAGUGUCGAUGUGGUGGACUCUUCUGCGCUGUGCAUCGAUACAGUGACAAGCACGACUGCAAAUUUGAUUACAGAGAAAUGGGCGCGCAAGAGAUUCGACGUAAUAAUCCAGUUGUUGUUGGUGAAAAAGUGCAAAAAAUUUGAACAAUUUUUAGUGUGUUUUAGAGAAAAAAAAAGGAAGAAAUCGUGUAAUUUUUUUUUUUUUUUUUUUUUUUCUUAAUAUUUUUUUUUUUUUUUUUUUUUUUUUUUGGGAAAGAAAAAAUGGUUAUAUAUAUAUAAUAAUAACAAUAUAAAAAAAAAAAAAAAAAUUUAUUGAAAAAAAAAAAUCAUGGAGAUAAAUUAUCUGGCAGCUGAUUGCACACAUCGAGGAAUGAUUUUUUUUUUUUUAUUUAUUUUUUUUUUUUGGUAGCGAGUGAAAGAUUUAACAACAACAAAAAUAUAUAUAUAUAUACAUAUAUAUAUACAAUACAAGCGUGUGCGUGUGUAUGUAAAACGUAUACGUGUAUUUUGUAUGUAUGGAAAAUUUUUUUUUUUUUGUGGAGAAAAUGAAAAAAAAAAAAAAAAAAAAUUCGAUAGCGAAUUCAGUCGUCGGGGCGAUAUAUAAAUAAAUAUAUAUAUAUAAAUAUAAUUAUUAACAAAAAAAAAAAAAAAAAAAAAAAAAAAAUAAUGGAGGAAGGAGAAGCAUAGAAAGACGAAAAAAAAAACAGAUUUUAAGUCUAUGACGACGUAAAAACAAAAAUGAAAAAAAAGAGAGAGAAAGCCUGUAUUUGCGCGCGUGUGCUUUAAAAAAAAAAAAAUUAAUGAAUGAACAUUUUUUCGGUGAAAAAGUGUAUGUGUGUGUGUGUGAAAGAAAAAAUCGAGAAUGUCAGUGCCAUGUCAGAUUGUCAUCUAGUGAGAGUUUUUUUUUUUUAAAAAAAAAAAAAAAGGAAAAUAAUAUCUGGUUACUAACUGCUGCCAGCUUACUACUACUAUUAAUUAUUAUUAUUAUUAUCUUCAUUAUUACGGUUUUAUUAUUAAUUAUUAUUCUAUUAUUAUUACUUUUAAUUUACUUAAAAAAAAAAGUAAAUUUGCGCAAAAAAUAAACAACCAGAGACAAUGCAAGUUUCUGUUUAAGUAGAUGAAAAUAAAUAAUUUAAAAAAAACGGAAUUCCUGGUGCAGUCAGAUUUCAAAAUAUGUUAAAAAAAACGAAGGCGGUUAAUUCAUUGGAUGUAGACAAUUUUGAUGCGUAAGUGUUUUUGUUUUCCAUUAUUAUUAAUAUUAUAUUAUUAUUAUUAUUAUUAUAUUAUUAUUAUUAUAUUAUUAUUAUAUUAUUAUUAUUAUUAUUAUUAUUAUAUUAUUAUUAUUAUAAUCGUCGAAAAAAAAGGAGUGUUAUUUAGGCGAUGACUGACGUUGAUGGGUGAUCACAAUUUUUUUAGGUUUAACAUUUGAUUAGUCUAAUAAUUAUUACGAGGUUUUUUUUUUAUUUUAUAUUUUUCAAGUAUCAAUUCAAAAUUUUUUUGAAAAAAAAAAAACAAUUUUACUGAUUUUAUUAUCUUUAAAAAAGAUUUAUUUAUUAUUUACACAGAUUUUUUUUUUUUAUUAAAAUGAGCGUUAAACGUUCUUAUUUUUUUUGGUUUUUAUUUUUCGUCAGGAUACUUGAAAGAAGAAAGAGAGAGAAAAAAAACACCUCUGAAAAUAUAUUAGCCGAUUGAUUCAUAAAAAAAAUGAAUGAAAAGUAAAAGGAAAAAAAAAAGCUAAAAAAAAAA